CGCUCCACAAGAUAAAACUGCCACUUAGAGCCCAGGAGAGCUAGACCUCUCUGGGGGCUCGAGCAGAGUCAUGGGCACUCCAGCCCCACAGCUGUGUGCUCUCUUCUGCCUGGUGGCUCACUCCGUUUCUGGCAGCCCCAUCAUGAGCCUGGAGCAGUCGUCUCUGGAAGAAGAUAUGCCCCUAUUUGAUGAUGUCUUCUCAGAGCAAGAUGGUGUCGACUUUAACACAUUGCUACAAAGCAUGAAGAAUGAGUUUCUCAAGACACUGAACCUGUCUGACAUCCCUACACAGGAUCCGGCCAAGGUUGAUGCACCAGAGUACAUGCUGGAACUCUACAACAGAUUUGCAACAGAUCGGACCUCCAUGCCAUCGGCCAACAUCAUUAGGAGUUUCAAGAAUGAAGAUCUGUUUUCCCAACCAGCCAGUUUCAAUGGGCUCCGAAAAUACCCUCUCCUCUUCAAUGUGUCCAUCCCUCACCAUGAAGAGGUUAUCAUGGCUGAACUCAGGCUGUUCACAUUGGUGCAGAGAGAUCGCAUGAUAUACGAGGGGGUGGACCGGAAAAUUACCAUUUUUGAGGUACUAGAGAGCAAACGGGACAAUGAGGGUGAAAGAAGCAUGCUGGUGUUGGUGUCAGGGGAGAUCUAUGGAACUGACAGUGAGUGGGAGACCUUUGAUGUCACCGAUGCCAUCAGACGUUGGCAGAAGUCAGGCUCCACCACUCACCAGCUGGAGGUCCACAUUGAGAGCCGGCAUGAUGAAACCGAGGAUGCCAGCAAGGGACAACUGGAGAUAGACACCAGUGCCCAGAAUAAGCAUGUCCCUUUGCUUGUCGUGUUUUCUGAUGACCAAAGCAGUGAGAAGGAGCAGAGGGAGGAGCUGAGUGAAAUGAUCUCUCAUGAGCAACUUCUGGAGCUGGACAGCCUGGGCCUGCAUGGUUACCCCAGUGGGCCUGGGGAGGAGGCUUUGCUGCAGAUGAGGUCAAACAUCAUCUACGACUCCACUGCCCGCAUCAGAAGGAAUGCCAAAGGAAACUACUGCAAGAGGACCCCGCUGUACAUCGACUUCAAGGAGAUUGGCUGGGACUCUUGGAUCAUCGCCCCACCUGGAUAUGAAGCCUACGAAUGCCGCGGUGUUUGCAACUACCCCCUGGCAGAGCAUCUCACACCCACAAAGCAUGCAAUUAUCCAGGCCUUGGUCCACCUUAAGAAUUCCCAAAAGGCUUCCAAAGCCUGCUGUGUGCCCACCAAGCUAGAGCCCAUCUCCAUCCUCUAUUUAGACAAAGGUGUUGUCACCUACAAGUUUAAAUAUGAAGGCAUGGCUGUCUCUGAAUGCGGCUGUAGAUAGAAGAGGAGUCCUGUGGCUUAUUUAAUAACUGUAAAUGUGUAUAUUUUGUGUUCCUAUUUAAUGAGAUUAUUUAAUAAGGGUGUACAGAUCCUAGAGGCUUGCUCCUUAGGGAAAUGGACAGGUCAGUUUGCUGCAGGAAGUGCAUGUUUUGCUAUGCAUGUUGUGCCUUCCAAUGCAUUUUGCUUUGGACUUGCCAUUUCCUGGCAGUGCCAUUUCUAACAGCAAGUGGCAAGCCCACACUGCUUGUCCUCUAUUUCAAUUGGAAAACAACAAGCCCUAAGCAGAAAUACAAUGUGGAAAGGUAGAUAUUUGUGUAUGUAUAUGUGUACAUAGAUAAACUUAUAAAACUGUUUUUGGUUCUAUAGAGGUAAAUUAUACUCACACACACACACACACAUGACUCAAUCAAAUGUGUACAUGUUAAAAGCCAGUGGUAUGUUCUCAGUCACCUCUUCUCUGAGUAGGAUUUAUGUCAGGAUAAUUUGCACCAGGAAUUUAACCAUCCUAGGAAGUAUCACAUUUCUUAAAUACUAUUAGAGAUAUAGGCGUAGUACUUUUCAGUUGAAUUUGUGCCAUUGCUCAGAGCAGCAGGGCCUAUAAAAGACGCUGCAUGUUUGCAGGGAGGGGUUACUUAAUACAGAAACCAAGUGGCUUCAUGAGGCAGUGACCUUAUCCAAUACCAAAGAAUGAGCCCUUGGGACCUCAGUGCACUGAGGGCAGCUCCUGGUCAUGAAAGGAAAACAGAGGGGACUUCAGGAUGACAUCUGUUCCUGAGAUGAUAGGAAAGCAAGGCCAUGUGUUGGUUUUUAUUACUGCAAAACAUAAGGAGGGUGGGAGGGGACUCAUAAGGGAGAAGGGGAAGAGCAUAUAAAUAAAUGCUAUCCUAGGAUGUGUUUGUAAAAUUAUAAGCAAUUCUAAUUGAAGAAUUAAAUCUUUGGGCAAAAUAAAAUUAUCGAAGACCAAGAGGAUGAAACUCAGAAAGGAUCUGUUUGUUGGACUCUUCACUUUUUCAUAGUUUUCUUCAAUUUUAAUAUCUCUCCCUGGACUCUGCACCUCUGUUUUUGCUUUUUUCCAGCUUUUUCCUUCCCUCUUUCUUCUUUUGCCUAGCACCUUCCUUCCCCCAUUCCUGUGCCCCUGGAAUCACUGGGCUUCAUUGCCCCUGCUGUGGGCUGGAAGGGGUCACCUGGAGGGGUUUGCUCUCAGGAAGAAUGGAGUCAGUGCUUGAUUUCUAGAUUUCUCCAGAUAUUUUAUCUGAUUUCAUUUUAAAUGUAUCCUUAAUUAAAUGUUUUGUUCAUGAAGAAUACUUAAGGAUAAGAGGAAGAAAACCAGAGUUUGAAUGGUUACAUCCAAAUAACUGAAUUAAUAAAGAGAUACACAAACAGAGGCCUUGAAAGCUAAGCCUGAAUUUUGAAAUCAGGUUUGCCCCAUGGUAGAAACCCUGUAGCCCUCCCUUCUUCCUAUUCUGCAGUGUUCCUGUUUUGGAUCUGACUAGGACUAAGGUUCCUGAUGGGAAUGGCCUGGCAGGUCUGCCCGCAGCUAGCCAGCAAGAGGAACACAGGCCCUGGCUCUGGUCUUGGCACCCACCCCCACCUGUCCCCUCAACAUCCCAGGAUCAGGGGCUUUGUGCAGGAAGAAUCAAGCAGUGCAGUCCUCAAACUGUCCCUACACCUCCAGGCAGACACAGAUGGUUCACACCAGCGUCAGGAAUGUGGUUUCUAGUGCAUUGUCCCCAGUCACCCGGUUUCAUGCUUCCUUAGAAGUCUUGCAUUUUUUGACCCUGGGAAACCAUCAGCCUCCCUUUCACAAACCUCUUAGGGUUAUAAACUCAUAUUGCACUAGAAAACAGAGGAAAGAAAAGCUAUUUUGAAGGACAUUUUGCCCAAUUUGGACUUCAGCUCUGUACAUCCACUGCCCACUGGUGUCCAGAGGGCAGAUCCUGGGGAACUGACUUCCCUGGGAAGUGGUAUUUUGAUCACCAGUGAGUACAUAGUGCUUGACAAUUAGAGACGGCCAGGCAGCUCAGCCAUUCAUUUAUGUAACUGCCCCGUAUAAAAUGCUGUGUGAGUGAGUGAGUGAGUGAGUGAGUGAGUGAGUGUGUGUGUGUGUGUAACUGGCUUUGGAUAACCACACUUAGAGCUCUCAGUGGGAGGGGCAUCCUUUACCCAUGGUACACACGAUAUACUCAUAUACUCUAUGGUACUUCUUAUCCCUCUUUAAAAGACACUGAAAUAAAUACAUGGUAAAACCUCGGCUGACCAGGAUAGUUCUGGUUACAUAAAAUUUAAGCAAAAUUUUCUUUAUGUCUAGAAUAUAUGAGAGUGGUGUACUAGAAAAUGCUUUAUAGCCAGGAAUCCUGGGAGGUCGGGGAGUAAUCUUGAUUUAUGGAUUUCAAUGGUGUAUACACCCCACUAUGGUCUAUUUCAAAUUACCAAUUUUAUAUCAACUAGCUAGCAAAAUUCCCAAAAAUGUAACAACCUGCUCUCGGGAGCCACGGGUACCAACCUCAGCACCCGGCUGCUAUUAGCACGCUGUCAUUAUUAGAACACAGGGAUGUGCCAGCCCUGCUUUCCUGUGCCAACACUCUGCCAGCUUCCUGGAGAAAUCUUGUCGCACGCACUUAGAAUCACUCUUCUGUUAAAGAGACGUGAAAAUCUAGGCUGUCGGCGACUAGGCAGCAUAUCCCAGGUGUUUCUCCUUUACCACAGUCCAGAUGUAAACGUGUAUGUCUAGGCUUUUCUUCUUCCCGUGGAAAGAGAGCACGGGAAGCCAUAUAUUGGGAAUCCAAAUGUGGCUAGUUGCAUUUUUCUUUUUUCUUCCUUCUCAGUAAAAACAGAAGAUAGAAAACAUAGUAGGGGAGUCCUCCUAGCUUCCAUAAGGCCUCUUCCUGCCACUAUUUGCCAUCACAGUAUUAACAUGAAGCCAUCAGCUCACCAGACCCUGAGGAAAGUAGAACUUGAAAAUGUCUUCUGUGGUCAUAGACCUUGGCUAUAUCCCACACCCCAGUCUUUUUCACACUUUUAUGGUAGAAUUGUCACCACUGAAGAUGAUAAGCCUAAAUGAUUCUUGAGAAGCGUUGUAGCAGAGGGACUUUGACAGCCAACAACUGAAAUAUUUCUGUAAAAGUUUCAAGGCUUCCUACUAUUUAUUGAUGGAUAUAUUUAUUUUUGUAAUAUAGUGUAGAAUACCAAAUGUUUUAUUUUUAUGUUUGUGAUUCCGUCUUGAUGAAAAUAGUCUUCUGUGCUUUUCAAAUUGUACUUUCUUCAGAGCAUGGCUCCUUUACAAUAUAUGGCCUGUAUUUUCAUCUCUUUUUUGCAUUAAAAUUCUGUUACUUUAAGGAAUCUUGUCAUAACUUUGUAUAUUUGUGUCUUGUAGGCAUGCUGUGAGUCCCCUGACAUAUUUACUGAUUUGUAAAAUAGUAGUUUUAACAGAAUAGUAUAGUUUUAACUAAAGUGGAGGUGUUCCAAAAAAUAUUUAACCAAUAAAUUGUCAUGUUGUUCCCUGAACUUGCAUUGUCAUUUUUCCCUGAGAAGCAAAUAUUGUCAGGCUGUGAAGGCUGCUCACUGAGGGAAGGCAGUAUUUAAUGGGGACUUUUCAUUCCCCAAACUAGAUGCUUCCCCUCUGACUAUAUCCACUGCCAUCACUGACCCACCAAUUCAGAGACCUGGUUGGACAAAUAUGUUUAUAAUUGGACUAAUUACUCUACAAAUGUAAAAAAAAGGUUAAGUGAGUCCCAAAGCAAUCAGUCUCAAAGUGCCUAAUUCUUGCCCUUUGUAUAAUUUUUGGCCUGGGAAAUUAAUAUAACUUGUCCUCAAACUGUUAGCAAAUAUUUUGGUAUUCUUUGGAAUCUAUGUUCUUCAAGUCAAAGAUAUUUCCGUAGAAAGGAAUUUUACAUCUCACUUCUUGCUGGACUCAGCAGCAGCCCAUAAAGCCCAGCAGUGUUGUGGCAGAAACA